GUCUCGCGGCUGAUCGAGCUGUCACUUGGCCACCGUCGGUUUUGAGGAGAGUAAGGCAGCCAAGAAACGCAAGAACGAAUCAGCUGUCUGUAGUGGGGGGACAAAAAGAUAGAAAUUGUCAAGACCAUGAAACCGACUGAUUAAGGCUCUAUUAGCAGUUUGGGUUGGAUUUCGUUUCAUGUGUUCAACUCAAUGACGUAGCAAAUCUAUUUGAUACAAUCAAGGUUAGCGGCUCGUUCGCUCGAGAGAGGGUUGUGUCAUUGAGCAAGCAGGACACGUCAGGAGAGGAGAGAAAAGCUAGCUAACUCUAUUAGCCGAAAGCCAUAUAAGUAGAACUCAUAUCGCCUUAUAAGAUAGCCUGUCACGGUUUUUUUCCAAGUAUCGCAAGCAACCACAAAACGGAUCUCGACUGACUCGCCGCCUGGAUCAAGGAUAACAGCGAGAAGACGUACCGAUCACGGGAUAGCAUAUUUGUGUGCGGGGCUGACAAAUGGGGGAUUACGGGUUCGGAGUCCUAGUACAAAAUAACACCGGCAACAAGUCCGCUUUCCCGGUCCGAAUCCACCCGCACCUGCAGGCCCCGCACCACCACCAGAAUGCGUCCCAGAGCCCCGCCUACAUAAACAGCACGACCACCGCGGGGAAUGGCACAAGCAGCGGCGGAGGCGGCUCGCCCUGGCUGUUCCCCGCCACCAGCGGCCACAGCAGCAUGCAGGAUGAGUUGCUGGGCCCGGAGAAGGUGAAAGGUCAGCCGCAGGAGAUGCAAGAGGAAAAGCAACAGUCCCCGGGGAGCCACCAGGAGACGGGUCUGAUCUCGGAGCUCGAAAAGGCGAGAGGGGUGGGGGUGGGGGAGGAGGGUAAGGUCGAUGGCAGCCCCUCGGACAGCGGCUCUGGGAAGGAAAAGCUGCGUCUGGAGUCUCCUGUGCUGACGCCUUUUGACUACCAGGACGCAUCCGGCCUGGGGCCCCCCGCCCCGUCCAGCACCUCCUCCUCGCUGGCGGGGUUCAACAACUGGUCGGCUGCCAUCCCCCCGGCUCCGUCCACCAUCAUCAACGAGGACGUGAGCUUCUUCAACCCGGCUGCCUCUGCCAGCAACGGCCAGCUGCUGUUCCAGAACUUUUCUCACCACGUCAGUCCAGGCUUCGGGGGCAACUUCUCCCCCCAGAUUGGGCCGGCACUCUCCCAGCACCACCCCCCGCCCCACCCCCACUUCCAGCACCCCCACCCCCAGCACCAACAGCACCGGCGCUCCCCUGCUAGUCCCCACCCGCCCCCCUUCCCCCACAGGAACGCACCCUUCAGCCAGCUGCCCCACCUGUCCAAUAACCUGAACAAGCCCCCCUCCCCCUGGGGCAGCUACCAGAGCCCCUCGCCCUCCCCCUCCUCCACCUCUUGGAGCCCUGGGGGGGGCUACGGGGGCUGGGGGGGCUCCCAGGGGAGGGAGUACCGGCGGGGGCUGAAUGGGGGCAUGACCCCCCUCAACUCCAUCUCCCCCCUGAAGAAGACCUUCCCUAACAACCACGUGGUAUCCCAGAAGUACUCCCGGACCAGCCCCGGCUUCAACCCCAAGUCCUGGAUGGACGACAGUGUUGGCCGCAGCGACAACAUCUUCCCCUUCCAGGAGCGGAACAGGUCUUUUGAUGGCUUCAACAUGCAUUCUCUGGAGAACUCUCUGAUCGACAUCAUGAGGGCCGAGCAGGACACCCUGAAAGGUCGUCUGGGAUUUCCACACCCGGGUGGGGACAACCCUCUGCCCAUCAAUGGCCACUCCUCCCUGUUCCCCAUGGAGGAUGGUUUCCCUGACGACGACCGUGGCGAGCAAGGGCUGGGGGGGCUGGGUGGGGGCUGUUUCCCCCACCAGAACGGAGAACGCGUGGAACGCUACUCACGCAAGGUCUUCGUCGGAGGACUACCCCCUGAUAUUGACGAAGAUGAGAUCACGGCCAGUUUCCGUCGUUUUGGACAUCUGUUUGUGGACUGGCCUCACAAGGCCGAGAGCAAGUCCUACUUUCCCCCUAAAGGCUAUGCCUUCCUGCUGUUCCAGGAGGAGAGCUCAGUGCAGGCCCUGAUAGACGCCUGCAUCGAGGAGGACGGAAAGCUGUACCUCUGCGUCUCCAGCCCCACUAUCAAGGACAAACCUGUUCAGAUCCGGCCCUGGAACCUGAAUGACAGUGACUUUGUGAUGGACGGCUCUCAGCCCCUUGACCCUCGCAAGACCAUCUUUGUGGGGGGGGUGCCACGCCCUCUUCGUGCAGUGGAGCUAGCUAUGAUCAUGGACCGUCUGUAUGGAGGGGUGUGUUACGCCGGCAUCGACACCGACCCAGAGCUCAAGUACCCUAAGGGGGCGGGGCGUGUGGCCUUCUCCAAUCAGCAGAGCUACAUUGCCGCUAUCAGCGCCCGAUUCGUCCAGCUGCAACAUGGAGAGAUAGAUAAACGGGUGGAAGUGAAGCCAUACGUCCUGGACGACCAGCUGUGUGACGAGUGCCAGGGCACGCGCUGUGGGGGCAAGUUUGCUCCUUUCUUCUGCGCCAACGUCACCUGCCUGCAGUACUACUGUGAGUACUGCUGGGCCGCCAUCCACUCCCGUGCCGGCCGCGAGUUCCACAAGCCCCUGGUGAAGGAGGGGGGAGACAGACCCCGGCACAUCUCCUUCCGCUGGAACUGAGGAGGAGGAGAGGGGAGACAGAGAGAGGCAGAGGGAGGGAGGGGGAGAGAGAGGAGUGGGGAGACGUUAGGAAUCGCAGAAUCAUUGUACAAAAUAAAUGCACUUUUCUGUUGCUGGUUCCUUUUUAGACCUAAUUUGGAAAGAUUUUAAUUUUGGAGGUAAUAUAUACAUAUAUAUAUUUUAAAGAUAUAAUUUUACCUUUAUUUUAUGCAGUUUGAUUUUAUAUAUUUUAUUAGUGCACAAGAUUGGCCUUUUUCCAAUGCCUCCCUGAUGCAGAGGGUGGUGAGUUGGGGGGGAGGCUUGCGUUGGGAUGUAGCUGCAGUGACCCCGCGGCGUUGACCAGGGCAGGGAAGGUUGUAGCUGUGAUUAGAGCUCUCUCUUCCUGUAGAAAGUGUGCGUUUGUGCGCGUGUGUGUGUGUGUGCGUGCGUGUGUGCGUGUGUGUGGACUCGGGACGGGCCAGAACCACAGCUCACAGACAUGGAAAAGAGCGGGUUCUCCCGCAAUCGCUUCAAUCCUUGAAGCCUUUUUGUUUUGUUUUGUUUUUUAUUCUAGAUAUACAUAUAAACCUAUAUAAGAGACCAUGCUAAUAUUUAAUGUUACUUGACGAUCGUUUAAAAAACAAACAAACAAGAGUUUGGGUUUAAUCUCCAUUUUGACAUGCAAAAACUAAUACCUCAAGCUUAGCUGCUAGCGUGCUGAUUGGUCAGACAGAGACGGACAGCUGGGCUCUUUCUCCCAUUGGAUCAUAACUGUAGGGGGGCGGGGCCAGCACAGGCACCGUUUCAGACAUUGCUUCGUCACUUCCUUAUUUUUGUAAUCCAACCAGGAUGGUGGUGGAGUUGAGUAAACAGUAAAGUUGUGGAAAGAAGAGUAGAGUACAGUAAAGUACAGUAGAAUUAAAGUAAAGCAGUGUCUGACCAGGGGAAUGUAUGAUGCUGGAGGACUUUAAGACCCAGAUAACCGGCCAGUAUAGAGACAUUAAACUUGCAACCAACCAACAUGUUUUAGACCUUGUUAGAGGGUUCUGGGUUCUAGAUCCCGUUAGAGGGUUCAGGGUUCUAGACCCAGGUAUCUUGGAGUAAAGGGCCAGCUAUUUCUCAGAAAUAGAGGAAAAGGCCCUGAUUCUUUUUUUUAAAUGCAGUCUUGCAAUUGAGCCCACUUUCCUAUUUUGACACCUCCUAAAGAUUAUCAGUGUCUUCUCUGGCCCUUGUUCCAAUCCUGCAGGAGAGGAGAGGAGGAUGCUGACGUCUGGUUUAGUCAUCAACACUUAUCCCUUUGAGGAGGGGACCUGUUUCCCCUUCUGUCCCCACCCAGCCAACUCAGCCAGUGUUUCUAAGCAUAAAUGAAGAUUCUCAAUAUUAUUGUUGUCAUCAUUAUCGGUAGUGGUAGGACGGGUGUAAUAUUACUUCAUCACCAAGGGCCCUGACGUAUGUGGCCCCGUGCAGUUCAGAGUGCCUCCACCAGGUGGCAGAGUAGAGCAUGAUCCUGGAGACCUAUGACUGCCUUUGCUGCAGCACCCAGUCAUACCGUACAUCACUUCCUAUCUGUGGAUUUUUUUUUAUCGUUAUGUUUUUUUUCUAUGGUUUAUUUCUCUCGUUUGGCUCCACCCAUGUCCUUCACUAUGGCCAGGUGGGCUCCUGUACACCAAAGACUGGCCCUGGAUCCUGUUUAGCAGACAGACAGACACGCAGGCAGGCAGACACAGGCAAAUGAAGUAGGCAGUCAGUGGAUGGGUCCUUCUGCCUGGCAGUGAGACAGGAGAAGUGUGAGGCCGGCCAGUAGUUCUCAGCCCAGUAAAAGACGUCUGACUGGGGAGCUGCUGGUCUGGUCGUUCUUCUGCGUGUCCUGCUAGCCAUCAAACCCAGGUCCUCCUGCCUACUGGCCCAUUGUGAAGAACCUGGGCUCAGGGCUGUGAUAUAGACACUCUAGACAGUACAGUCACUCACUUGAGACAGUCUGCUAGACCUGCAGUCUUAUCUGCACUCUGGAGUGAGGUUUAUAGUCUAUCUGCAAUGUAUGGGGUGUAUAGUUUUUCUACACUCUUUAGAGACUGUAGUCUUAUCUACACACUAGAGAGUAUGUAGUCUCUCUAUACUCUCUAGAGACAGUUUAUAGUCUAUCUACUCUCAUUAGAGUGUCUGUAGGACAGAAGUCCAUCUACACUCUGUAGACAGUCUGGGCCUGUUGCACCUCUUCCAGGAAAUAGUUAGCGUGACGGGUGAACAUUUUAGAAGACAAAAACACUUUUUUGAUGAAUUUGAUGUUAAAGAGGAAGAAAAAGAAUAUAAGAUUAUUUUAUACAUGGCCUGCUGAUUUUGGUGCAGUGUUUUCUAGCUAAAUUAUUUUGUCAUGCACAUACAAACAUUUAUUAUGCACUACUUUUCUAAAUCUCUUUUCUUUCAGACAGUCAUUUUAGGCACAUUUUUCACAAAAUGGGAAAACUCCUUUUUGCAAUACCUCAAUUUUUCACAUUGUGAAAGGUAGCUUUUGUACUUUUGUUACUGAGAGAUCUGCAUAUAUGGACAUUUUCAUUUAAAAGAGAAAUGUUUAGUGAUUUCGAUAUAUAUUAUUUUCAAUUAUGCUUUUUAUACAUUUCAGUGCUGAGGGAUCUUUACAAUUAAAAGUGCGCACUUGUGUUGUUGCGAUGUCUACCCUGCAGAGAGGGGAGAGACUGGAAAGUGGGUCUCACCAGGCCUCAACCGGUCUCACCCGGCCUCGGUCGCCCUCUAGAAGAUUCUAGAAGUGGUACAGCAUGGCCAGGACCAGCUGUCCUCUCAUAUUAGUGUUGUGGUCUGGAGACAUGGCCGUCCUGGUGGCAGGAUGGCGGAUUAUCGGUAUCUCUAAGUACCCACUCCGUCACCGGAACAUACUAUUAUAAGGAGAAUGCAAAUUCAACACAGGUCUAUGUAUAGGUUGGGCCUCGUAUCACAAGAAUGGAUGUUUGGUGUUUAGGUAUUUUAACAUUUGAAAAUAUAUAUUCUUGAACUUGCCAACUAGCUCCUAUUGUAAUCCUUAGCAUGCAUGAAAAAGACCAAUGAUACGUGAAUUAGCUAUUGAAAAUUGACUGUUGUGGUUGUGCACCAAAUGUUUCUCAAAUAUAAUUUGUUAAGGGCAACCCCCCACCCCUCCCCUGUACUACCCCCCAUCCUCUAACAAUCCACUCGCCUCAACCCACCCCCCAUACUUAACACUCAGCAGGAUGAUGCACAGAAAACAAAGACAAUAAAGAUAAAAAAUAAACUAAGACAUGAACUGGGUAGGACUAGCAUCCUAUAGGACACUGUUGAACAGACUCGAUCACUCACCCCAGUGCUCGGGAAAGGCUCUGCCAUGUUGAGAGAAGGGGAACUUUAAAACUUGAAUGUGGUAAAUGUUGCAAGUUAACUCGGAGUUGUUAUGUGCAAUACUUCUUUUGAACCUUUUUCCAGAUAAAGACUCUUUGCAAUGUAAUUCUUUAAUGCCAUUUUUAAUUGCAGACAUUUAAAGAAGAUGUUGAUAUGUUUUUCACAGUCAUUUUCUACUGUUAUCGUAAUCCUUUUCAUGCUGGUGUUUGUAAAAAAGAAAAAAAGAAAUCAAACUAUUUGUACUAAUAUAAAUAAUUGAAGUUAUUUUUAAAACAUUUAAAGGUUUUGUGCUCAUUUGCUUAUUUUGUUUAUUUCAAGCUACUGUGAUUGAUUGCAUUGUAAUUAUUAGGUCAAUAAUGUAUUUAGCUGUUCAUUGGUAUAUUUUUAAUUGGAAUGUAUAAUUACUUUUUAUAAUUUUGAUCAGAUUUAUGUUAUAUUUUUAAGGUGAAGCUUUUAAUAUGUUAAAGUGACUAGUUUUUACUAAUUGCUAUAUUGUGCUCCACAAUAUAUGGUUCUCAUUUUCUGAAGGAAAAUAAAUAUUUAAAUAUUUGUCUGUUAAUGAUGUCACUUAAUGGCGAAAUUUCAAUAGUUUUUAACUGUGUACGGGAAGGUUGUUGUAUUUAUUCUUAGCAUUUUCUACCUAGAUACCACCUUCAUUUUUAUUAUCAUUUCACUUUAUAAGUUCCUAUUUUUGUAUUUUCUUUUCUUAUUAAGUUAUGUAAUAUGAAAUGUCCACAUUUUUAGGAGUUGGUCUGUUGAAGUACUAGUGAAA